AUGGGUAUCUUCAAAACAGCGAUUUUGCUCGCUGGUGCUUCACUGAACGUGCUUGCAUCUCAAUUCCCUCUCAAUGACGCGGACUCACUGCAAGCUUCAACCUUCCAGGUCCAUCAGAGCUCCCUGUCCCCGGAGCACUCAAUUCGCAUCAAAGAACAGGUAGAUGACUCUAUAUGCGACGCGCGUGUCAAGCAGUACACAGGGUGGCUUGAUGUCGGAAACCAGCACUUGUUCUUCUGGUACUUUGAGAGCAAGCAUGCUCCAGCCACUGAUCCUCUAGUCUUGUGGUUGACGGGAGGUCCUGGUGGUUCAUCCAUGCUGGGAAUGCUCCAAGAACUCGGCCCUUGUCUCAUUAACGAGCAUGGCAACGGAACAGUCCAUAACCCUUAUGGAUGGAACGCAAAUGCAAACUACAUUUUUGUCGACCAACCUGCUGGUGUUGGAUUUUCCUACCUGGACAAAGACGAGCCGAUUCCUGGCAACUCGUUUGUCGCUGCCGAUAGCAUGCACAAGUUUAUGCAACUAUUCACAACUGAAGUCUUCCCGGAUCUUGCUGGCAGACCGUUCCACAUCUCUGGGGAGAGCUAUGGUGGCCACUACAUCCCUAUUUUGGGAGCUACAAUUGUCGCACAGAACAAUCUCUACCCCAAACGGCCCCAAGUUAACCUAGAGUCUGUACUCAUUGGAAACGGUUACAUCUCACCUCUCGACACCGCCUUUGGAUACUGGGAGACGCUCUGCACAACCAACCCUGGUGUCAGUGAACCUGUGUUCAACAGUACUCGCUGCGACAUCAUGGCUGCCAACCUUCCACGAUGCCUAGAUCUUGCACGUGUAUGCUAUGAGCAUCCCGACCACGCCAUUUGUGGUGCCGCGGCGGAGGUAUGCUGGGAAGGCGUGAUAAAGUGGUACGACGGCGAAUCUGGGUCCGGCGGCAACAGAAACAGAUUUGACAUCAGUGUGCCGUGUGAAUCUGGAGAUGAUCUAUGUUACAAGGAAUCGGCACUCAUCCAAAACUACCUCAACCUGCCGCGAGUGUUCAAAGCUUUGGGUGUUCCAAGCGCGUUGACAAAUUACUCGAUCUACUCCUGGGAAGUAUCAGAAGCCUUUGACCUUGGCAUCGACACAGGUAUCAGCACUCAAUCGCAGGUAUUGUACUUGCUCAACCACGACAUCGAUGUGCUACUAUACCAAGGAAACCUGGACCUCGCAUGCAACACUGCAGGAAAUCUGAGGUGGAGUAAUAGUAUGGAGUGGAAGGGACAGCCAGCUUAUGUUGCUCAACGACCAAAGGCGUGGGGUGCUUGGGGUGAGGAGAUUGGUUGGUACAAGGAGGUCAAGAUCCAGAUGGGUACUUCAGAUAAGAAGACUACCUUCUCGUUUGCAACGGUCGAUGGAGCUGGUCAUAUGGUCCCGCAAGGUAAACCCAAGCAGGCAUUGGAGCUCGUCAACCGCUGGUUAAAGAAGCGUACUUUCGCCGGCUGA